GAAGAUGGCCGAGUCCCCGGAGGAGGUGGCGGUGCUGGUGCAGCGGGUGGUGAAGGACAUCAACAACGCCUUCAAGCGCAACCCCCACAUUGAUGAAAUUGGAUUAAUUCCCUGCCCGGAAGCCAGAUAUAACCGAAGCCCUAUAGUCCUGGUAGAAAACAAACUUGGGGUGGAAAGCUGGUGCGUCAAGUUUCUUUUGCCUUAUGUUCAUAACAAGCUUCUUCACUAUAGACAACGAAAGCAAUGGCUGAAUAAAGAAGAAUUGAUAGAUAUCACGUGUACACUGCUGCUGCUUAAUCCAGACUUCACUACUGCUUGGAAUGUCAGGAAAGAACUAAUACUAUCUGGCACUUUAAAUCCAGUUAAAGAUUUACAUCUUGGGAAACUGGCGCUAACUAAGUUUCCGAAGAGUCCAGAAACAUGGAUUCACAGACGAUGGGUGCUGCAACAACUAAUUCAGGAAAACUCCUUGCACACUCUGGUGACUAAAGGGAAUUUGGAAAUGGCACCAACAGAAAGGAUACAACGAUUAGUAAAAGAAGAAAUGGAUGUCUGUUGUGAAGCUGCUGGGAGAUAUCCAAGCAAUUAUAAUGCCUGGUCCCAUCGCAUCUGGGUUUUACAACACUUGGCAAAGCUCAGUACAAAGAUUCUGCUUGAUGAACUUUCUUCCACUAAACACUGGGUUUCCAUGCAUGUUUCAGACCAUAGUGGAUUCCACUACCGCCAGUUUUUGUUAAAGUCCUUGACUGGCAGAACUGUGACUAACUAUACCGUUCAGAUGCAUAUUCAGCCAAACAAUCAACAAGCCCCCAGUCUUCCAAAAGCUGAAGAAAAUGAUGACGCAGAAGCUGCCUGUGUGGAAGAACAGCAGCCAGAUCAUCCCUUUCUUCUUAAGGAAGAAGUAGAGCUCUGCACUGAUCUAAUUAAUAGUUAUCCUGGGCAUGAAACGCUGUGGUGUCACAGACGGCACGUGUUCUACCUUCAGCACCACUUAAAGAACAAACUUGUACUUCCAAGCACCUGGGCAGUGGCUGCAGACUGUAGCGAUGGAACUUUAAGUAACACUCACCCUGGUGGUGCCCUUGGUCAAGUGACUCAGGCCAUGGAUGUUGAUGGCUUGAUUGAAUCCAACAAGCAAGGCUACACUCAAGAAAUCAAGCGCCUGAAACGUGCUUCUUUUCAGGACUCUGUCAGUCUGGAAGCAGAAUACAGAUUCAUUGAUCAGGUUCUAUCAACAUGCAGGGAUGUAGAUCAGGCAAGGUUUGCUGGUGCAUAUGGAAAAUGGCUGGGUUCUUUUCUAGGUCAGUGAAGGAGGAGAU